UCUCGGGGGGGGGGGAUGGAUGGAGCUGUGAGCGGGACAGGCAAUGAACAGGCAAUACAAUAAGUCUGGUGACAGAGGGGACGUUGCUGAGGAAAUGCCUGAACUGUUAGAGAGUGACGACGAGGUGUGGUGUGAUUGGGAAGAUGCUGAAAGUCAGACCCCUGGGGAGCCUCAGGUUCGGUGCUUGUUCUGUGAGAGACUCUUUGCUUCAGCUCAAGAUACUUUUUCUCACUGUGAAGCAGAGCAUCAGUUUGAUAUCAAACAAGUCAUCGAAAAGCACGGCCUUGAUUUCUAUGGGUACAUCAAGCUUAUUAAUUUCAUUAGAAACACGAAUCCAGUCGCGGAAUCUUUUAAAUCCAUUUCUGGUCGAGUCCCCUGGGAUGAAGAAGAAUAUAUGAAACCUACCUCUAAGGAGGAUCCUUUACUCCAGUUUGAUGUAGAUGAAAUCUGCGAGUCGAAGUGUUCGGAGGAACAGCCCUCUUCGUCCGAGCGGAUAGAUGGAGAAAAUCAAGUCGAGGAAGCUCUUCUUCAACGUUUACAAAAGGCUGAGAAGAGGGCAGAGGAAUCUGAAGCGGAGUUUAUUAGAGUAAUGGAAGACUUCGAGAAAAUGAGACAAUAUGUGCGGGAUUUCGUGAUAAAUGCAGAUGUCAGGACUGGUAAAUCAACCACAAAUGCUAUUGCAGACCUGCAGGAGGAAGAGGACAAUGUCUACUUCAGUUCCUAUGGGCAUUAUGGUAUACAUGAGGAAAUGCUAAAGGACAAAGUGCGAACUGAGAGCUACAGGGACUUCAUGUUCCUCAACCCACAUAUUUUCAAGGACAAGGUUGUUUUAGAUGUUGGUUGUGGGACUGGGAUCCUCUCCAUGUUUGCAGCAAAAGCCGGAGCCAAGCAAGUGAUUGGUGUUGACCAAUCUGAGAUCAUUUACCAGACCAUGGAUAUUGUAAGACAAAAUGAGCUGGAUGGUGCCAUCACGCUGAUCAAAGGAAGGAUCGAGGAUGUUGAUCUUCCCGUUGAUAAAGUGGACAUCAUUAUUUCUGAGUGGAUGGGUUAUUUUUUGUUGUUUGAAUCCAUGCUGGACUCGGUCAUAUAUGCACGGAACAAGUACCUGACAGAAGAUGGCUCAGUAUACCCUGAUAAGUGCACAAUUAGCCUCGUAGCUGUGGGAGAUGAAAAAAAGCACAAUGACCAAUUAGGUUUCUGGGAUGAUGUGUACGGGUUUAAGAUGUCCUGCAUGAAGAAAGUGAUUGUUCCAGAAGUUGGGGUGGAAGUGCUGGAUCCAAAGACCCUCAUCUCAGAGCCCUGCAUCAUAAAGAUCAUAGACUGCAAUACUGUACGAAUUUCUGAUUUAGAUUUCACCUCUGAAUUCUCUCUGACGAUAACUGAAAAAACCCUGUUUACAGCAAUUGCCGGCUACUUUGAUAUUUUAUUUGAGAAGAAUUGCGAAAAUAAGGUCAUGUUCUCCACUGAUCCAAGAAGCACCAAAACACACUGGAAACAAACUGUGUUUCUUCUGGAGCAGCCAGUCUCAGUAAAUAAAGGUGACAUCAUUCGAGGGAAGGUUACCUGUGCCAAGAAUAAAAAAGAUCCUCGGGCCCUGGUUAUAACAAUAUCGUUUAACAACACGAAGCAGACUUAUAGUAUACAGUAAAGAUUCUGUGCUCAGAUGUUGCAGGUCUGCAUACACCUACUUGCUAUGUUUGAAUAAAUGUUUGUCAAUA